AAGGCAACCACGAGGACGGACGACAGCUCAACCGGAGGAGGCGGAGGUGGAGGAGGGAGUGGAGGAGCUGAAGGAGGAGGUGUGCGAUUUGAGCAGCAAAAGGGAUGGCCAACGGAAACGCAAGCAGCGAUGGGCCUGGGAACCCCUUGGCAGCCAUGGUGUCCACGACAGGUGGCGUGAUGGGUGGAGCACCUUCCUCGGCCGUGUCUACCUAUGUGAAACUUGUCCUUCUGGGUUUGAUCAUCUGCAUCAGCCUGGUGGGCAACUUAGUGGUAUCCCUGCUAGUGUUACGGGACAGAGCCCUACACAAGGCACCCUACUACUUUCUUCUGGACCUCUGCCUCGCCGACACCAUCCGCUCGGCGGUCUGCUUUCCCUUUGUCCUGGUGUCCAUCAAGAACGGCUCGGCCUGGACUUACAGCGUGCUCAGCUGCAAGGUGGUGGCCUUCAUGGCCGUCCUUUUUUGCUUCCAUGCUGCCUUCAUGCUGUUUUGCAUUAGCGUCACACGCUACAUGGCCAUCGCCCACCACCGCUUCUACUCCAAGCGAAUGACCUUCUGGACCUGCGUGGCGGUGGUGUGCAUGGUCUGGACUCUGUCAGUCGCCAUGGCCUUCCCACCCAUCUUUGACGUCGGCACCUACAAGUUCAUCCGCGAGGAGGACCAGUGCAUCUUUGAACAUCGCUACUUCAAGGCCAAUGACACGCUAGGCUUCAUGCUGAUGCUGGCUGUGCUAAUCCUGGCUACUCACGUGGUCUACAUGAAGCUCCUGCUGUUCGAAUACAAGCACCGAAAGAUGAAGCCGGUCCAGAUGGUUCCAGCCAUCAGCCAAAACUGGACCUUUCACGGACCUGGAGCCACAGGCCAGGCAGCCGCAAACUGGAUAGCAGGGUUCGGCCGUGGCCCAAUGCCCCCCACUUUAUUGGGCAUCAGGCAGAACUUGCACAACCAGAACAGACGCCUGCUAGGCAUGGAGGAGUUUAAGGCCGAGAAGCAGCUUGGCAGGAUGUUCUAUGUCAUCACCUUGUUUUUUCUGGUGCUCUGGUCCCCGUACAUUGUGGCCUGUUACUGGCGGGUCUUUGUGAAGGCGUGCACCAUCCCGCACCGGUAUCUUUCCACCACCGUGUGGAUGAGUUUCGCCCAAGCGGGCGUGAACCCCAUCAUCUGCUUUUUCCUCAACAAGGACCUGAAGAAGGGCCUGCUGGCCCACCUGCCUCCCUGCUGUAGAACUCCACCUCAACUGCCCCGUGAGCCUUACUGUGUCAUGUGAAGAUGAGUGUUCAUUCAUAAUGUUUUGGGGGUUUUUUUUCUUUCUCUUCUGGAUGGUCGGAGAGUG